AUGUCUCGAGCUACAUUCAAGCCAUUGACACCUCCUCUGGUCCUCUACCGCAAUAUUCUUAGAGCACAUCGACAAAUGCCUCCUGCUUUACGGGCAGUUGGGGACGAUUAUGUCAAAGCGGAAUUCAAACGACACAAGGACGUUGACAAUCCAGCCUACAUUGUUGGCUUCCUCGGUGAAUGGGAAAAGUAUCUGGAUACUGUCAAGCAACAGACUUCACCUGUAGCUGAAGUUAUAUCCGCCUCGCAAGAUGCUCAGGCAGCUAUUGAGGGCAGAGAACAACAGGGAUCAGCCUGGGGAAAGAGAAUAGACCCUCAAUUGAUUGAAAGAAUGAGCGAUGAGCAAAUCGGACAGCUUUAUGAGCUUCGAAAGGAGAGCAAGCGAUCUUUUGAAGAAAAGUAG